CUCAGCUGCCAUAUCCAUCUCUAGUAGAAUUGUAAAGAAAAACCUCGAAAAAAGAAAACCUUCCAUGGCUUCCAAAUCUGUAUACAGCAUGGAAGAGUUCCUGGAAGUUAUAUCCCUGAAAGAACAGCUCUACUUUCAUGAGCUCCGACGCAAGCAGAGACAGUCGUCGGGCUCUCAGGUUGGCGGCACUCAUAGAGCGCAUAACCUGAGUGAGGCUCUUGAGGAACUACACAUCAAAGAGCGGCUGUCAGCCCUUGAAAACAAGAUGCGUGACCGAGAGUCUCCUUCUGUUCUCGAGUUGUUCGGUGAGCUUUGCUACACUCAACCUCCUCCGCCAUCUCCUUCCUCCAAUGAUCCGUCCAGCUCUUCAGGUCCGGUGCCUCUUGCUGGCUCUGAAGAAGCUUCCACCAUUGCUGCGGAUGGAGAAGAGGAACCCUCUGAUGAGAUACAGGCCAAUGGUGCUGGUCAUCACGGAAAUGGAAGGAAUGAGGGUAGGGUGUAGAUCAGAAGGGGAGCUAUGCCAGAUGGGGAAAGAAAGCCGCAUGACAUCAUCUAAUGUGUAGAUUCACUAAAUUAAGAUGUUUGAAGGCAUUGACAUAUAUCAUGUGUAACUUAGUUUAAGCUUCUCUUUUAUGUCAAUCUGGAUAUCAUUAAUGAACUAAAGACCAAGGCAUUUUCUCUGUUGA